AUGGGAAGCAAAAGGAAAAAUAUGGAAGAUGAAAUGUCACGGUUUGAGGCGGAAAUUUCCGGAGCUACCGCUUCAUAUUCAGUACCAGCUGCAUCUUCCGGUGGGGCUGGUAAUCCGUUCAUACCAUCACAGGUACGAACGGUGAUCGGUUCCCAAACGUACAACCAAGUGCAACAAAAAUUAGCACAGGUCCCUCCUCGAUUACCACCUCCACCAAUGCCGCCUUUUUUGCCGACCUUCAGCGCUCAGCCACUACCACUUUUGCCGCAAAAAUCCUACACAACGGAGCCCACGCCGGUGAUUGUGAGCAGCGCUCCAAAGUUAUACACAGCUCGGCCAACAGUGGGCAUCGCAACGAAAUCCGAUUCGUCUUCUGGACCAACUAACAGCAACAUCGCACCAACUGUGCAAUCGUAUGAUAUUGCAAAUAUUCAGUAUGAAGUGACGACCAAAAUGAAGAAACCCAAAACGGAAAAAUCAGGUCCCAAUCCGAUUGCUGAAGAAGCUAUCAAAGCGGCACGAGCAUCCUCAGCAUUGCAAUCCUUUGGUAACAGCGAAAGACGCGGCAAAAAGGACAAAAAGCAAACGGUACGCGUUGCCGGUGGUCAAACAUGGGAAGAUAUGUCUUUAUCAGAUUGGGCAGAGGACGACUUUCGCAUAUUCUGCGGUGAUCUUGGCAACGACGUGAACGACGAAUUGCUGACACGAACCUUCAAUAAAUAUCCCUCAUUUCAACGUGCCAAAGUGAUACGCGACAAACGAACCAGCAAAAGCAAGGGUUAUGGGUUCGUCAGCUUCAAAGAUCCGCAGGACUUCAUACGCGCAAUGAAGGAAAUGGACGGACGCUAUGUCGGAAGUCGACCAAUCAAACUACGCAAAAGCACAUGGAAGAAUCGCAGUAUCGAUGUCGUACGCAAGAAGGAGAAAGAAAAGCAGGCUCUGCUUAGCCUAUUUAACCAGAGCUAGUGUCGUGCUAGAACUAACAUUUUCUAUAGACUACACUGUCAAGGAAAUUUCAUCUCUAGGAAUUAAGGUCACAUCUUCAAACGCAACGGUUGGAUGGGUUUUGUGUGAACACAUGAAUGAAAUAAAUUUGUUGACGU